CUAGCCCAUAUCAAUUCUUCCUUCCAGAGUUGUAGGAGUACAUCAGCUAAAGAGAAAACAAUCUCCUAUUUGGGAUCUGAAAAGAUGACACAAGUUAGGAUUUUUAAGCUACGUUGGAUCUUUGUGCUGUUUGUAACAUAUUGUGCGGACUGGUCCUCUGUUCAGUGCCAACAUCCAGAUUAUAAGCGUCCGGAGGAGCUGAGACUGAUCCUUGUUGGAAAAACCGGCUCAGGAAAGAGCGCAAGUGCAAACACCAUUUUGGGACGUGAGGACGCCUUUAAAGAAGACAUCUCCCCUGGAUCUGUGACAGAGCACUGCCAGAGAGAGCAGGUGACCAGAGACGGACGCACCAUCGUCGUGGUCGACAGCCCCGGCCUCUUCGACACAAACAAAACGGCAAAGGCCAUAGAAGAAAAAAUAAAGGCGUGUGUCGAGAAGUCCGUUCCAGGGCCCCAUGCGAUUCUGCUGGUGAUCAGUCUGAAGGCCAGAUUCACUGAGGAAGAGCGCAGUGCUGUAGAGUGGAUCAAGACCCACUUUGGCUCAGAUUCUUCCAUGUACAUCAUCAUUCUGUUCACCCAUGGAGACAUGCUGGGAGGAAAAACAGUGGAGCAGUUUGUUCGCGAAAGUACAGAUUUACAGAGAGUCCUCAACAAUUGUGGGGGGAGAUAUUUUUCACUGAUCAACGGCCCGGGGAGUGAACCCAAGCAGGUUCAAAAGCUUUUACACAAGGUUGAGACAAUGUUGAAGCUCAGUGGAGGGCUGUAUUACACCAACAGCAUGUACAAGGAAGCUCAGAGAAAAAUUGAGGAGGAAAAAAUUAGGAAAAAAGCAGAAAAAGAGAAGAUAGAACGAGAGGAAAGGGGGAAAAAGAGAGAACAAGAAGAAGAGGCUCGACGAUCAAGUUGCAAAGCAGCCCUUACGGCGGCUGUUACAGCAUUGGGUGGAGGUUUAUUGAUGCCCUCAACAACCUUAAUAGUUGUGGCUGCAGGAAUAGCAUCUACCUAUGGUUCUGAAUGUGUUAACGACUUCUUUAACGACUUCUUUGGAUGGGCUACAUGAAAGGUGAUUCUAGGAACAGACAUUCAUGCAUAGAGUGCCCUGCCAAAGGGUUCAACCCCUGUGCAAAAAUACUAAUUUCACAAUUAUAACAUUAAUACCUUAACAUUUUUUCUUCAUGAUAUUAUAAUUGACAACUAUGAUACUUUUAAUGAAUGACUAGUAAGUACAGUAACAUGGGUUUUGCACAACAAAAUAAGUAAUUUCUGGGAUGUAAUGAUUAUAACUUUAACUAAUUGUCUUAAUCAAUAUUGCACAUCAGGUAAUUAAAACACAUCUUCAAGGGAAUGCUGAGUAUGAUCAAAAGUGUGCUAAACGGGACUCUUGUGCACAUUUGCAAUGUAAUUGUAACAAUGUUUUGAAAUUCAACGUAUUUUAAAGUAGGGCAGGUCACUUAGAGAAGUUAGAGUAAGCAAGAUAUUUUAUUUUCAACAGAAGAAAUCCACCCCUUCUUCCAGAGCCUCUCCCCCAAAACACAUGACUGCUAUAGCUUUAGAUGAAGGUCUGCCUAGCCUUUGGGAAGACUCCAGUCAUGCACAAUGAGUCAUGAACUCCGCAUGGCCAGAGUGGGCACAGGUAGCUGGGUAGGCAGACAGACCGGUCGGUCAUUUAUUCAUGCUGAAUUACAUAAUUGGAUGGGUUUAUAUAGCUCUGGGACAGCUGUGGACACUGGAUUUUUGACAGAGCUUUUGAUUUAAUGAUUAUUUUAUGGAUUUCAAGAGAAAUUCACAAAUAUGACAAUGCUUCAAAAAUAAAUAGCUUACCCUAUCUUUAAUCCAUUUAUUACAUUGAUUGUUAUUAUAGGAUUAAGAUUAGUUAUUGUGAUGGAAAAAUACGUUUCUGAAUAAAGAAGUUUUACUAAG